GGAAGUGCACCCCUGCUAUUUAACCUGCUAGUUUGGGCUUCACAAACAUGGACGAUUAGCCACGAAAAAGGACAAAAAACGAGUCAUGUUUAGCUUAAAAGCGCUCCAGAAGAACAAGACUCUUAGAUAUGGAGUGCCCAUGCUCCUGUUGGUGGUCGGCGGUUCCUUCGGCCUGCGAGAGUUCACGCAGAUCCGCUACGACGCCCAGAAGAUUAGGAGGAAGUUGGAUCCGUCACUGGAGGCCAGAGUGAACGUGCAGAGACAGUCGGUCAUUUUGGAGCAAGAGUACAAGAAGAUGAAGGACGCCAAUUUGGACGAGUGGAGGAACAUUCGCGGCCCGCGGCCUUGGGAGGACUCCCGGGAGUACCAGGAGGAGGAGCGCAGUAAGAGGACCGCAGACAGCUAGGGCACGCUCCUUAUAUAUACACAGUGGUUCCUUGAGAUAAGAGUUGAAUUAGUUCCUGGGCCAAACUCCAAAGACGAUGACACCCGAAGUAUAUUGCUUAUGUCGGGUCUACUCCGUUGUUUUGUUUUGGCUGCUGUCACUGCAGAAAACCCCGCUUCGCAUCGAUAGAAUGUCGGAAAUAUGUCGCACGGGUCAUCCAGUUUUGCGACCCAUUCCUCGUCACUGAAAUGUGCUGCCAGCGGUGCCUUCUUUUCCUGAGAGAAAUCUUUGCAGCGGCUCUCGUAAUUCAAACACGCUGGUCAGCGAUUUCCCUCGGGAUAACCAUCUUACUUCUGUAUACAAAUGCCCUCAGUCGUGUCUUCUGUCCUUCGUGCUCUUGUUUGUUUUCUUUCAGAAUACUCCAGGGGCUUUUCUUUUAAUCCAGGGUGCUUGGUCUCCAAGCGGCGAAGCAGUUUUGAAGGCUUCAUUGCCUCGUUAGAGAGCCUUUCCCCGCAUAUUACGCAGAGCGGGUUUGGUUUGUGGGAAUCACCUACUGCUAUGAAGCCAUAUUUCAAGUAGGACUCCUGGCAUUGUCUGUUAAAAGCUUGCUUUUUCUUUUUUGGGGAAGUCGUAGGCUCUUCUCCUGUCUCUCCACUGAGCCUUUUCUUCUUCCAAAAGAAAGUUUCUAAGGAUGUUUGAUUCUUACUCAUUUUGCUAGUUUAGGGAGACUGGUUACAUUUUGGCGCUCAAGUGACUGAAACAUAACCAAGAGAAUCCGGUUGUUUUUCAAAAUAAAAGCUCAUUCGGUCUAAGAUAAUACGUAAAACGGAAAUAAUUCAUUCCUCGUGCGGCCCGGUACCAAGUGGCCGUACUUGGCCGCGGACCGGUGGUUGGGGACGACUGUUCUAUAGUAUUACUGUGCUGAAUUCAAAACAAACCAUUACAAUGUAAUAAAAUAGAAUGUUAAGAAUUAGCUAGUUUUUGCAACUGUUUGCCCCCCACCCCCUACUUGUACUCACGGCAAGAUAACAAGCGAACUGAUGGUGGCUGGAAGUUGUGACGUCUGCUGCCGCCAUCUAGUGGCGGAGUGCUUGAAGCUCACUCGUCACACAAGUCAAAUUUUCACUCGGAACUCAAGGCAAAACAAAUUUCAGCGAGUAACGGCUUGUAAGCUGAAAAACUCUCGCAAGGUGGGGCACUCUUAAAUCAAGGUACCACUGUAUGUAAAAAUGUAUAUUUAAAAAAAAAAAAAAAAGAGCGUAUCUGCCAGUAGGGGGCGGGAUUGUGCUCCUAAUGUUCUUCCGUCACUGUACUCGUGUCCACCUUAAUAAAUGUGUUCUUUUUAA